GGCUUUUUAAAAAAUGUAACUCAUGGGGUACUGGGUAUCUCAGUCAGUUAAGCCUCUGACUUUGGCUCAGAUCAAAAUGUCAUGGUUUGUGAGUUUGAGCUACGCAUUGGGCUCUGUGCUGACAGUGUGGAGCCUGCUUGUGAUUCUCUCUCCUUCCCUCUGUCUCUGCCUUUCCCUCCACUUUCUUUCUAUCAUAAAAUAAAAAUAAAUAAAAAAAUAAAUGUAAUUCAUGAUGAAAGCAAACUGAAAAGUUCAGAUCUUUCUAAAUUGUAAAUUUAAAUGUCUGCCAGAGCUAGUAGCUAUGAUGGUAAAAUAUAAAUUAAUAUUCAAUAUCAGUUUUUUCUUUAUUUUAUAUUCCUUUAUAGUCAAAGAUGACACUCCUGAGUUAGAAAAGACCAUCUCUCAGGGUGCCUGGGUGGCUUGGUUAAGCGUCCAACUUUGGCUCAGGUCAUGAUCUCAUGUUUUGUGAGUUCGAGCCCCACGUGGGACUCUGUUGCUGACAGCUCAGAGCCUGGAACCUGCCUCGGAUUCUGUAUCUCCCUCUCUCUCUGCUCACACUCUGUCUCUGUCUCUGUCUCUGUCUCUCUCUCUCUCUCUCUCUCUCUCUCUCUCAAAAAUAAAUAAACAUUAAAAAAAUUAAAAGAAAAGACCACUCUCACUUCUUGUGCCUUCUGUUGUUCAGCUAAUAUUAACAGAACUCAUAACCUUUAAAUGUUCUGCCAGUUGAUUUGAAAUAGACCUGAAACAUUUGCUUAAAACGAAUUGCUCCCAUUUUACUCAGGAUUUUUGCCUAUUGCAACUGAUUUUCUUUUGUCCACGGCUGUUCUGAAUAAUGUCAUGUAAAUGCAUCCUUAACACUUUUCUUCCACCUUAUCUGCUUUCAGUUUGCUUCCUAUAGUCUGGAGUUCCUUAAGAAUCCAUUUUCAGGGUGUCUGGGUGGCUCAGUCGGUGGAGCGUCCAGCUCGGCUCUGGUCAUGAUCUCAUGGAUCGUGGGUUCAAGCCCCACAUCGGGCUCUGUGCUAACAGUUCAGAGCCUGGAGCCUGCUUCAGAUUCUGUCUCCCUGGUCUCUCUCUGCCCUUCCCCUACUUGUGCUGUCUCUCAAAAAUAAACAAAAAAAAAAUUUUUUUUUUUUAAGGAAUCCAUUCUCUGCAUCUGUUCAUGUAUAGAUUUUUGAUUUACCACAUUCCAGGACCUCCCUGCAAGUUGUUCUGUUCCCCAGUUUGAUGAUCACAGAGGCAGGUAAGUGACAUAUAGCUGGGGCCAGAUGUAAGCAGAAAGUUAGGUCUUGCAGUCAUAUAGGACCAUUGUCCUAAUAACUUACGAUAGACUCUGGAGCUUGGUAAGUGAAAAGGAGCUAGGAAUGUAUAAUUAAAUCCCUUGGAUCAGUAUUCAUUAUAGGAAGAAAUGAGAAGAUGUUUGAAUUGAUUCUUUUAUAUUUUCUGUUCCUAGAAGUAGAAUGCAUUUUUAGUAAUAUUUUGAUUUUGCUUAUUUUAUUCCUCUUCUUAUUCACUCUUUUGAAAUAAAUGGAGUGUGCCCGAUGUGACAUUCACUCAGAAAGUACCUUGCUUUCCUUUCAGAGAAAGUGAAUUUUACAAAUUAAUUUUGUUUCCCCUACAAUUGAUUUUCUUCUAUACCAUUAAAAGACCAUUUCUAUUCUUCUUUCUUGGGUAUUACAUUUGUACUUAAUAUACAAAUUAAUUAUAUUAAUCAUUGUGUUUGAGCAGUGUUGUUAGGCUAAAAGGGACUUUGGGCUUGGGGUAACUCUUCCUGGGUCUGGAUUAACAUCCAGAACUCCAGGAGUUCCCACUGCUCUGAGCUAGUGCCUCCCUUUCCAACCAACUAAUGACUUCUGAACUAAUCCUAGGUGUUUUUUGUUUGUUAUUGUUUGUUUGUUUUUCUGCCACUGUGGACUAAGAGCAUAAAUGCUGCCUUAGUAAGAGAGGUUAAAGAAGUAAUAGGUUUCAUCUUUCCUUAGCCUGACUGGCCUUUGGUGAGUUUGGGUGUGUUGACAGAAUAAAUACUGAGCCAUCUUGGCAGACAAGGAAGGUCAGAAAGAGAGAAGGCCAUGGGCAGGGGGCCAGCUCCCUCCUUGCCUCGUUAGGGAGAAUUCAGCGUUGUCUGUCUGGUUGGCAGGGUAUACCUAAUCACAGAGACGCAGCAUUUCAGCAGUUUGCAAAGGAAAGUGAUACGAAGGGACAGCUGCAAGUCAGCCACAGCUUAGAUCUGAGGAGAUCAAGCAUUCGCUUCACUUGGAAGAAAGAAGGAAGGAAGCCUAGGGCUUAGCAGGUCCCCAGGUAUCAGUGGACAGCCAUGGCUCCAAGAUCUCGGAAGCAAAGGCACAAGAAACCCCCUUCAUCAGUGGCUCCCAUGGUUGUGACCCCAUCCACAGUUGUGACCCCUGUGCCUCUGACCCUCUCAAAACCUGACCCUAGCAUUGAUGCGCUUGGCUUCUUCUCCUUGGAAAAUAAUGUUCCUGGCCUAUCUCAGCUAAUCCUUCAAAAGCUAAGCAUGAAAAGCUAUGAAGAAUACAAGUUGGUGCUAGAUGGGGGUGCUUCUGUAUCAGGCUUUGGAUUUCGAUGCCCUCAAGAAAUGUUCCAGAAGAUGGAGGACACAUUCCGAUUCUGUGCUCACUGUAGAGCUCUCCCUAGUGGUCUUUCAGACUCCAAGGUCUUACGGCAGUGCAAAAGGUGCAGAAAUGUCUAUUACUGUGGUCCAGAGUGCCAGAGGUCAGACUGGCCAGCACACAGGAAGGUUUGUCAAGAGCUGCGUCUUGUAGCUGUGGACCGUCUCAUGGAAUGGCUCCUAGUCACAGGUGCUUUUGUCCUACCUUCAGGGCCUUGGCCAUGCCUGGCUGAAGCUGUACAGGGCUGGGAUACCUGGUUUUCUAUGCGGCAUUUACAGCUAGAUGCUACACUGGAUGCUGUGCUAGGUAGUCAUGCCAUGACCACCCUGUGGGCCAGCGUAGGACGGCCAAGGCCAGACCCAGAUGUCUUGCAGGGCUCUUUGAAGCGGCUGCUGACAGAUGCCCUCUCACGACCCUUGACACUGGGCCUUGGGCUUCGGGCUUUGGGGAUAAAUGUUGGGAAGAUUGGGGGAAGCACAGUGCAUGUGGUUGGUGCUUCCCAUGUGGAGACAUUCCUCACUCGCCCUGAGGACUAUGAUGAGCUUGGCUACAUGUUUCCUGGACACCUUGGCCUCCGUGUGAUCAUGGUGGGUAUAGACGUAUCUGCUGGCUUUACACAGAACCCCUCAACUCCCAUCCUGGAACCUGGCACAGUUCAGCUUAGUGGCCAUAGAGGCCUCUAUCAUGACUUCUGGGAGGAGGAGGUAGAGACUGGGCGGAUAGCCCAUCCAGAUUUGGUGGUGACAUUCCAUCCAGGUUUCCAUGCUUCCCCAGACUUAAUGGAGGCUUGGCUGCCCACCCUCUUGCUACUUCGUGAUUAUGAGAUCCCUACAUUGAUCACUGUUUACAGCCAUCAGGAAUUGGCAGCCUCAUUACAGAUUCUGGUGGACUUGGAUACAAACAUCACCGCCUAUGGAGCUAACCCUUUUGCAUCCCUCAAACCUGAACAGGUCUAUUCCAACCCCAACAAGCAGCCAGUAUACUGCAAUGCCUAUUAUAUCAUCUUUCUUGGAAGUUCCUGCCAGUUGGAUAGGAGGCAACUGGAAGAAAAAGUAGAUGGUGGAGUUUAAAUAGCUGACCCAGAUCCUGACUGGAUUUCUAGAAAAUGGGGAGGUUGUAAUGAAAUUACUCUGCUGAUGUCAGGUUGUUGCUGACUUUGAAAUCUACUAUGUCCUAAACCUCAUUCACUUAUCCAGGUAAAGAUUCUCAGCUGAAUGGGAGUUCUGUGUGAUGUGACUCAUUUCUAAGAGGUUAGCCAUAAAUAGCUUCUAGAGACAGGAUUCUAGAUUUAAUACAUGGCAAGAGGCCCUGGUAUGUCUUUCCAGCCUAGAAUUCCUAAUAGUUCCCUUUGUGAGAAAGUUUUACCUUGAAUCAGAUGGUGUAAAGGAGAAGAAUGACACCUCAUUCUUUUGGAAAAGACUUUCUUGUUACCCAGAAAUCUUGGCUAAAAAAUGGAGAGGUGUUAACGACUUGAAGUGGUACACGAAUGGGCAAGUCAGAGAAGCGGUUGGGAACGUGGGAGAAGUUGUGAGGAUUGGUAUGUUGUUCGAUUUCCUGGCUUUUUCUAGAUAAAUAUCUUAUUUUCUUCUUUUCUAUUGGGCUCUUCUCACCCUAGAGUAGCUUUUUGCUUGGUGUUAUAUUUAAAUAUCCCAGGGUAUGUCAGGCUUUAGUUGAAUGUACUGGAGUUGUUAUUACCUAGUCUAUACCAUAAUAAACUCAGUUUGGGGCUU